GCGGGGGCGGCGUCACUGAGCCGCGCCAGCURAGCGGGUGGAGACCGGCCCCCCUAUCCUGCCUCCUUGGAGUGGUUUGCUCCUUGCUCCGCCACCUGUGGACCCCCGCUUCCAUGUCCCUGGUGGGCACAGCACCCCGUAACCUCCACGCCCAUGGCUGCUAGCCUGAGGGAGCCCUCUUUCAUCUCCUCUGCUUCCUCGUCCACCUGCGACACGGACGACGAGGGCGUGCGCGGCACCUGCGAAGAUGCUUCUCUGUGCAAGAGGUUUGCAGUGAGUGUUGGCUACUGGCAUGAUCCCUACAUCCAGCACCUCGUGAGGCUGACUAAAGAGAGGAAGGCCCCUGAAAUUAACAGAGGAUAUUUUGCUCGAGUCCAUGGUGUCAAUCAGCUUCUAAAGGCUUUUCUCCGGAAGACAGAAUGUCAUUGUCAGGUUCUUAACCUUGGGGCUGGGAUGGAUACCACCUUCUGGAAACUAAAGGAUGAAGAUCUUCUCCCAUGUAAAUAUUUUGAGGUUGACUUUCCAAUGAUAGUCACGAGAAAGCUGCACAACAUCAAAUUGCCAACACUCCUGAUAACUGAAUGUGUGCUGGUUUACAUGACUCCAGAGCAGUCGGCCAACCUUYUGAAGUGGGCAUCCAACACUUUUGAGACAGCCAUGAUCAUAAACUAUGAACAGGUGAACAUGGGUGAUCGGUUUGGGCAGAUCAUGAUUGAAAACCUGCGGAGACGACAGUGUGACCUGGCGGGAGUGGAGACCUGCAAGUCCUUAGAGUCACAGAAAGAGCGGCUCCUGGCGAAUGGGUGGGAGACAGCAUGUGCGGUCAACAUGAUGGAGCUGUACAGCAGGCUACCGCGGGCAGAAGUGAGCAGGAUCGAAUCCCUGGAAUUCCUGGAUGAGAUGGAGCUUCUGGAGCAGCUCAUGCAGCAUUACUGCCUGUGUUGGGCAACCAGAGGAGGACAGGAGCUUGGUCUGAAGGAGAUCUCUUGUUGAUCUGUUGAACGUUCCUGUUGAGCUGGAAGCCGAGCUGUCUUCCCAGAGAUGCAUGGAGCAGCCUGAGGGAUGGCCGCGGCCAGGGUGGGCCUCGCCUGUUGACCUCACUCCACGCUCUGAGAAGUCUUAUUGUGAAGGUGGUCACACCUGUUCCUGUUCCUGUUGACUUACUGUUGUUUAAAUAAAUCUCACUUGCCAAA